AUGCUGCUUCUCACGACAUGCUUGACUUUCGUUGACACAUUUACCGUCGGACUUGUCAAUCCCGUCUACCCGCAGCUCGUACAGAGCAAAGUCAUCGGCGCCACCUCUUACGCCAUGAUUAUGAGCGCGGCGAAUGCUGCAGCACUCGCCGGAUCCACGCUCUUCGGCCGGCUCUCCGAUCUUCACGGCCGGCGCGUGGCAAUCAUUGCGAGCACGUGCACCGCCUCGCUCGGUUACCUGUGCUACUUUGUCGGCUUCGCAUGCGAAGGCCACUCCGAUGUUCUGCGCCUCGCACUGCCCGCCGCUGGCCGCGUCGUCGGCGGGAUGGGCCGUGCCGCCCUCCCAGCGCCUCUGCUCGCGCUCCUCGCGGAGCUCGCGGGAGACCCGGCCUCCACCGGCCAG